UGAAGAUCUAUUUAUUUACAUUUUUUGUUUUCGCAAUGUCGGAUGCAUAUGAUUUUGCUGCAAAAGGGAAAUUAAAGCUUAAAAAUGAUAGCCAGCACAAGAAAAAGAAAAAAAGUAAACAUAAACACAAAGACAAGGAACGUGAAAAAGUGUCUUUACAAACUAGCUUAAACGAGUCGUUGGAGGAAAAAGUCACCAGCAGCGCGGCACCGAAGUUGACAAAGGCCGAACUUGCUUUUAAACAGCAGCAGGAAAAAAUGCGCAAUAAACGCAUUAUGGAGAAAGCGUCAACAACCCACAAGGAGCGUGUAGAAAAGUUCAAUGAGCACUUGGAUUCGCUAACAGAGCACUUUGAUAUACCAAAGGUUUCCUGGACCAAAUAGUGCCCUACUUUUGCAUUGUUUGUUUCGAAUAUAAACCACUUACUAUGCUUAACUUCACAUGUAUAUUUAUUUGAGAAUUAAAUAAAAUCCGGCGUAAUGCACAUUUCGCUAUUUAAAACAUCUUAAAA